UACUUUCCUCUGGUGUUUUUGCAAUGAAUCACUGGAUGAAGGGACGAAGAGAAACAUGACAAACUGCUGUGACAUGGCAUCAAGAGUGUUGAUUGGCUCGGACCAUGAUGCCGUUUGCAGCCGGUGGGUUCAACCACAAAACAAGAGCAGCUCCCAGGCAGAGGGAUAACUUGUCACAGUCACAACCUCAUCAAAUGACUCUGUCCUGACUCAAGGCAGGAGUCAGGGGCUGCAGGCCGCAGCAUGGGCAACUCCUCCAGGAAGGGAGAGGGGGAAGAGGAGGAGGAAGGAGGGAAGGACAGUGAGGAGGCAGAAAUCACAGAGAAGAAGAAAGAGGAGGAGGUAGAGGUGGAGGAAGAGCUGCCGCUUGGGGUGGAGGAGUUGUUGGAGAGCGGAGACCCCGUGCUGGACCUGAGCUACCGUAAGUUCAAGCGGCUGCCGUCGCGUGUUUGCGGACUGAUGCACCUGGAGAAGCUGUACGUUUGCGGGAACAGCCUGCGCACCCUGCCGGACAGCAUCUCCCAGCUGCAGGGUCUGCGGAUACUCGCCCUGGACUUCAACAAGAUGGAGGACGUUCCCUUGGCCGUCUGCCAGCUCACCAACCUAACUCGCCUCUACCUGGGCAGCAACCGGCUGAUGAGCCUCCCACCUGAGCUGACGAACCUGCAGAGCCUUCGAUGCCUGUGGGUGGAGAGCAACUACUUCCAGAGAUUUCCACGGGAGCUCUACGAACUGCCCCACCUCAAGUCCCUUCAGAUCGGGGACAACCGGCUGAAGACACUGCCUCCUGACCUUUGGCGCAUGGAGGCUUUGAGGGGAUUAUGGCUCUAUGGGAAUCGCUUUGAAACCUUUCCCAAAGUCCUGCUGCGCAUGGAGAACUUGGAGAUCUUAGACCUAGACCGCAACAAGAUAUCAGAGUUUCCCAGUCUGAAGCGUCUCCGUGCACUGCGCCUGUUCUCCUAUGACCACAACCCCGUCAAGGAACCUCCGAAAGUGGGCGAGGAGGUGCUGAUAGUUGGGGAAGGGGCUGCAGAGUUCUUGGAGGCCCGUGAGGCCAAGAAGGAGAGGAGACGAAAGGCCGCAGAGAAAGAGGCAGAGGAGUUGGCUCUGGCAGCAGGAGAGGAGCCGGUGAUUCAUGGCAUCCUGAAGAACAGCAGCUCAAAACAAGCCACAGCUGAAGCUGCAGCGAUCGUAGAGGACGCAGAUGUCAAAGAGGAAGAGCCCCUGGUUAGGGAGGCAGAGGAGGGGGAAGCGGAGCUGCCGGUCACUGAGUACGAUGGAGCUGAGCUUGAAUACGACGAAGAGGGUGUUGAAUAUGAGACGGAGGAGCUGAUAUGUGAAGGUGAGGGCUUCGAGUAUGAGGGCGAGGAGCUGGAGUACGAAAGGGCUCAGAUGGACUAUGAGUACGAGGAGGGGGGGGGUCUGGAGGACACAGGGAGAUGAGAUGAAGGGGCACGAAAAGACCCUCAUACAUCCUGAUGAUCUCCAGGCAGGUGGAGGUGGAUGACAGAAAAUCCACUCAAGGGUUUUUUUUUUUUUUUUAAAGAAGCUGACACGAGGAGACUGUGGGACUUUGUUAGCUGUGCUGCUAAUUUCUAAUCUGUUGUUAACUGUGAAAAUAAAACUGGACAUUAUGAUGCUAUAAACUGACAGCACCUGUGACAUCUCAAUCAGCUGCAAAUUACCAAAUCAGAGCAGGACUCAGGUGGAGUGAGUGUGCGUGUAUUCACUGUGUAUGGCUGUUUUACAUCAGGGUUGUUUUCUGAGUGUAUACAGGAGACCAAGUCUCCCAUAAUUAAAUAUUAACUC